AUGGCGGGCAUCGAGAAAGUAAUUAUCAUCGGCGGCGGUCCCGCUGGCAUUGCGGCAGCGUUGGUUCUACAAGAGAGGAAUAAUAUCUCAUGCCCAGUCUACGAGGUUCGCAGCGAGCCCACCACGCUGGGAGGUGCCGUAGGCAUCCCGUCUAACGGCCUACGACUUCUCGAACGCAUGGGACUCAGUGAUGCGAUGAUGGCAAAAGGGUCAGAGACGUCGAUGCUCAACCUGCAUUCUCUCAAUGGCAACGAAGUGGGCCGGAUGGACAUGGCGUCCUGGAGCAGGCAGCAAACUGGAUUCGGCUACCUGAGGAUUCGGAGGACUGACCUAAUGGAAGUGUUGUUGAACACCGCCAGCGAAAGGGACAUACCUAUCCAUUUCAACAAACGCCUCACUAAAAUUGAAGAAAACAACGAUAAAGUCACCGUCUUCUUCUCGGAUGGCACUAGCGACACGGGGGACUUUCUCCUUGGCUGCGAUGGUAUUCACUCUACCGUACGCAAGCUAUACGUGGACCCGGACUGCACACCGCAGUACACGGGCAUUUCGAAUGUCUUCUCUUUGAUUUCCACGUCUCAACUCCCGCCUGCUGCUUCUUCGAUGGACGCCCUCCACGCGACAUUGACCUCAGAUGGGAUGUUUGGGAUCAGCCCCGCCACAACCGCUCGUGAUAUGGUUUACUGGUUCUUCUCGCGUGAAAUUGCUAUGCCUAAAUCCGGGGACACGCGCGAUGGAUGGGAGGAACGUGGCAAGAUGGAGGUCGACAACUUGAAGUCCACCUUCAUUACCCUUUUGGGGGAGUCCGAUUCCCCAUGGGUGAACAUGCUGAGAGAUGUCGUGCGCAAGACAGACGUGGUGAAAUUCUACCCGAUUUUCAAGAUAAUGCCCGGCGGGCCUUGGUCCAAGGGGCGAUGCCUUGUCAUUGGAGAUGCAGCACACGCCAUGCCCCCUCACGCUAGUCAAGGUGUAUCAAUGGCACUGGAAGACGUCUUCUUGUUUUCGAAGCUGCUGAACCACCACUCUCGAAGCCUGGGUGCCCCUAGUUCUCGAAGCCUGGGUGAUCUCCUACAAUUAUACGAGUGUAAACGCAAGGCCAGAACUGAACAGAUGCUCCAGACUGCAGAGCGAAACGGCGAUGUUCGCAAAAGAAAACGCCAAUGCGUCUCUGGGCUAACGAAUUGGCUUUGUCGUGGGGACUGCGGAUCUAUGGGGCGAUCGGACUAG